AUGGAAAAUCGUGUAAUGAUAAUAUUAUUUGUAAUACCAUUUGUGUUUUCUUUGGUCUCUUUACUCUGGAAGAAGUUGAUUCAGAAAUGGAGAUCAGGUCAAGCUUGUUAUAUACUGGAGUAUGAGUGUUUUAAACCAGCCGAUGAUAGAAAACUUGAUACAGACUUGUGCGGAAAUCUCGUACUGAGAAACAGGACUUUGGGUCUUGAAGAAUACAGAUUCAUUUUAAAAACCAUUGUUAGUUCAGGCAUUGGUGAAGAAACUUAUGGACCUAGAAAUGUUAUCGAGGGUCGUGAGAACACUUCAACUCUCCAUGAUAGUCUCAGUGAAGUAGAGGAAUUCUUUUGUGAUACUCUCGAUAAGAUUUUUGCGAAAUCGAAUGUUUCUCCGAGAGAUAUUGAUAUCCUCGUCGUUAAUCUAUCUAUAUUUGUUACUUCUCCUUCCAUAACUGCAAGGAUAAUAAACCGAUACAAAAUGAGAGAAGACAUUCAAGUGUUUAAUUUGUCAGGAAUGGGUUGCAGUGCUGGUUUGAUAUCAAUCCACCUUGUUCAAAAUAUAUUCAAAGUUCGUAUGCAAAGAUUGGCGAUCGUCGUUGCCACCGAAUGUAUCGGCCCAAACUGGUAUUCAGGAAAUGACAAGUCCAUGAUUCUUGCAAAUAAUCUAUUUAGAUCAGGUGGGUGUGCUAUUCUUUUAUCAAAUGAUCCAAGUUUAAGGCACAAAGCUAUGUUUGAAUUGAAAUGUCUAGUUAGGACUCACUUGGGGUCAAGUGAUGAAGCUUAUGAAUGUGUCAUGCAAAAAGAAGAUGAACUUGGAAUAACAGGAUUUCAUCUCGGCAAAAAUUUACCCAAAGCUGCGACUCGAGCUUUCAUCAAAAACCUAACAGUACUAGCACCUAAAAUAUUACCAAUACGGGAAUUAAUCCGUUACGUUCUAGUGUCAAAUCUUCUUCGAUAUAUGAAAAAUAGUUCGCCAAAACAAAGUGGUAGUGGUGUGAAUUUUAAGACUGGCGUUGAUCAUUUUUGCCUUCACCCUGGUGGAAAGGCAGUCAUCGAGGGAGUGGAAAAGAACCUGGGCUUGUCAGAAUACGAUUUUGAACCGUCUCGAAUGACACUGCAUAGAUUUGGCAAUACAUCGUCGAGUAGUCUUUGGUAUGUCUUAGGGUAUAUGCAAGCAAAAAAGAGACUUAAAAAGGGUGACAGGAUUUUGAUGAUAAGUUUCGGUUCUGGUUUUAAGUGCAACAGUUGUCAUUGGGAGGUCUUAAGAGAUUUGAAUGAUGCAAAUGUUUGGAAGGAUUGUAUUGCUAGCUACCCUCUAAGUAACUUACGUAAUAAUACUUUUAUGGAGAAGUACAGUUGGAUAAUUGAAGCUGAUCAAAACACAAAUAUGUCGGCAAAAUUCUCACAAACUUUACAAAUCAGUGAUCUCAAGGAUUACAUCGCACCAUCACAAGCUUGCAUAGUCUCUCUAAAUGGGACUACGACUGCUAAGAAGCAGGAGACAUCCCAGAACCAAGUGGUGAUUGCACCUUCUGUCAAACAAUUGGACACGAAACCAGUUAAAAUUUCAUUGAAGGACUGCUUGGAGUGCAAGUACGGUGGCUACAAGGAUGAGAAGAAGAUGGUCAAUGAAGCAGAUGGUGCUGCUGUGGAUAGACGGAGGAUGAAAGUAGAGCUGAGUUACAGAAGAUGA